AUGGAAGGUGCAGCAAUCGUCGCAGACGUGCCUGCGUUCACUGGGUCAUCCAUGUCCUACAACAUCUCCCUAAACCUCAGCUCCAUCUUCUCCUUCUUACCCUCUCGUCUGAUAGCCCGCUUGCGCAAGGACGUUCUGGGGAGAUCCGUGGACCCCUCUGAUAUACCAGCCACGACCGCUGCGGAUAUAUUUGCCCAAGAUCAGCCACUCUUGCAAAGUGCCGCUCCGCCGUCCUCCAAUGUGAUGGUGUAUCCCGGUCCCUGGGGUUUCUUCACUUCCGGCUAUAUGAUGGGGCUCUUUCUAAUGGCGGUCUUGUUACAUCGUAUGCAAAAUAUCAUCAUACCAUCUCGCGUGCCAGGGUCACCGGCUCUCAAUCGUCGAGGCAGACGUUCUCCUCGGUUUGCUGGACUCCAGAACCUACCCUUUCUCCGCCGAAUCUACAACGCUAUCUUACCCCUCAACUUCGCCAACACAACGACACGUCUUGCACUACACCUUCCGUCAAUGUACUUCCUCUGCAAGGUGCUCGUGCUAUGGUUUGUCCUUGUGUUGCAGGCAUCCAGUUUAUUCCCAGAGAUCAGCGCAUCUACUGCCGAAGCGUGGGGGCUGAGCUGGGUGCAUCGCUUAGGAAGUUGGAGCCAGAAAAAGCAGAUGAGCGAAGUUUGCUGGACGACCUUUUGUGCAGUGUGUGCGGCAUUCUCAGUAGAGGGCUUCGUGAAGGCCCUUGACGGAAUCGGAACUGGGUUUCCUAUCGGAGGCAACAUCAACCCGAACACGUCUCCUUUCAACUUAGUCGGAUAUGCAUUUCUACUACACAUUUACUCCAACCCCGUUACGCACCUCAACCAAAUGGACGGGCUCCCUACGCGGCCCGAUAAACACGUCAUCAUUACUAUAGCUAUUCCCCUUCUUCAGUUAACGAUUUUCCAUGCCCUUUCAUCUUCUAAGCGGCUCUCAACACACCGGCUAAUACCCACAACCCUCACCUCCCUUCUGUCCCUGGUCCACUUCCACGGGACCCUCAUCACGCACCAUUAUAAACUCAAAUACCCUACUCCUUCCCCGACCCCUACUCAAUCCCAAAAUGAAGGCACUGGACAACUAUCAACGAUGCAAAGCCUCACAACGACGUACCCUUUACUGAACUACAUCCCCAACAUAUUCGAAACUGCGCUUCUUGCGACUAUCUUGCUGACAGUCAUCUUAAACGCCGUGGUGCAAAUCCUAGUACGAGGCAGGGUAGAGCGCGUGUUCAGCGGUCUAGGUCUGGGGCUCAUAAUGAGUAGUUUGCAAGAUGACGAUACCAACGCAAGAAACACCGGCCGAAUCCGAGCAUUUUUCCGCUCCCUACCACACGACGAAGAUUUCGGCGUCCUCCUUCUCCGCGUAGGCACCGCCAGCCUCGAAGCUACAGGCCUCCGCGGGUGGGGAAACGAAGUUGCCCCCGUGCCAGCUCCCAUUCCCAUCAGCCGGCCAAGACGAGCAGGGCGUGGAGGAUCAGGUCUUGAUAGUUUCCGAGAAUACGGACUGGUGUCUAUGGGUCGUGUAGGCGUUGGGUUUGUGCGAUCGGGGUAUCAGAUUCGCGAAGCGGCUAGUUUGAUUCGACGACCUGGACGUGGGAUCUUCAAGCCUAUGCGCGGGCUGAGGAACGAGGUUCGGAAGGUCGAUGUUGGGACUCAUUUUUCUCAUGGAGCGGAGAGGGGUUGGUCGGAGUGGAUUUGGGAGCUUGUGUUUUUCGUUGCUGCGCUAUGGGGUGUUUUGAAGGGUGUGUUCAAACUCGUGUGGUUCUGGGUGUGGGAUAGGAUGAGGGGGAAGGGCAGGAGGGGUGUGAUGAGGAGGGGGAUGGUGGUUGAGGCGCGUGAGGAGGAGGAGACUGGAGAUUCCGGGAAUGCGGAUGCAGGUGGGGUUGAGGAAGGGGAAGGUGGGGAUGAUGAUGAGAUGUUGUAUGAGCGGUUUUUGAGGGGGGAAAAUAUAAGUGAUGAUGACGAUGAUGAGGUCGACGAGUCUGCGGAAGAGGAUGUCGAGGAUGUCGAGGAGGACGAUGAAGAGGGGGUGGACCGACAAAACGAAGCUCUGGGUCUCUUCACUGACCUCAUCCAGUCGGGCGAACGAGAAGGCCACCAAGGAGAGAUGGUUCUCGCGCACUUGGUGCACGGACUCGGUACCAACCUCCCCAAUCGCCCAGCAUCUUCAUCUAUGUCGGGGUCCGGUCGGACUACUGCUACGAGUCCAUCGUCAACAGGGCCCUUGACGAGGAGGAAGUGGAAGGACUUGCUUAGCAUCGGUGUUUCUCGUGAAGGGGAGGGUGGACUUGAAGACCUUUCGGACGAAGACGACGACGAAGUGUCGAAUUCCAGAGGUGGAUACGAUGACGAUAAGAAAGAACGGGAAUUGGAUUUGCGGCAUGUCUGUGUGGUGUGUACGAUGGAAGCGAGGGAUAUCAUUUGUUGGCCUUGUCGGUGCCUGGCUAUGUGUGAUGGGUGCAGGGAGUCACUGGCGUCGAGGAGUGCACCGAAUAAACAUCGGUGUCCUUGUUGCAGACAGAUCAUUGACGGUUAUUCGAGGAUUUAUAUUCCUUAG